CCCAAGUUCAAGGUUCUUGACGUUUUUCGAAAGGAAGGGAAGAGAAGAGAAGGAACAAAGUUGUUACCAAGAGUUUUGGAGGAGCCGAGGAUGACAAGGGCGAGCCACAAAGUGGGGGAGGGGGGGGGACGAGAUUACUGUAAUAUAUAAUGCCAGUGCCGUCACUGGAGCUCGGCAGGCGACAUCUGUGCGAACGUUACUUGCACGAGAGCGAACACCAAAUCUCGUCCACUUUGUUCAGCAGGUUGUCGUCCGCCUCGUGCUCCGGUUCCCCUGACCAGGCCUUGGAACGGAGGAAAGAGAGAGCCGCUUUAGCAGGCUUUGCGCCAAGCACGAGGACAUUGAAGAUGAAAGUGCACUGGGUAACGACUUUUCAUGUUUCGCGAGCGCUAAGCACGAGGACAUUGCAACAAACUGCGCUUUCUGUCCCUCCUGCUCGAAGCAAACCCUGACUCAAACUCCCCACUAUGUAAUCCACGACCCCCCCACCGACCCUGUCGCCCCUCUUUCUGCUCAACCUGGGAACCGGUGCACCUCGUUACAAGAUCACCAUAUCGGGAAGCAUAGAUUUUGUUCUGCUUGCAUCUUAUUAUCUUCCUCCUUCGACUCCCGUCCCAGAUAACGUUCCUUGUCUCGUUGUCUCGUUGUCUCCUGCGCCUAGUAACGAACAAACUUCGGCUGCCCUUCGACAUCGCGCUGGCCCCUUGUCUGACAGACACACAGUCUCCGAGUCCAUCUGAUCGACUCGCGCAUCAAGAGCUGCUCUCUCUCGUUUUACCCCAUCUCAGAAAUCUGUCACACCAGACCAGCUCUGUGGGUGACGCCCCCAUUGUUUUUCUCGGUCUGCCGAGCACCGAGGCCGUCCUGUUACAUACAGCAGCACGGCGUGAAAGACAUGCGUUCCAGACGCAGGCUCGUGGGCUCGGGAGCUCGUCCUCGUCUGUCAGAGGAGGAAGAUUUUUGACGAGUCCGAUUUUGUUUGCUAGUGCGACCGAACUCCCAGACCAUGAAAGGCGGACAGAGUGAGUGUUUGGACGACGAGCUCUCUCUACGCUCACACUCUACUCCUGCCGCAUCGUACUGGCUACCGCAAGAGCGGGCGUACUGAUCGGGGCCGAGAUUUGCAUCAUCGAACCCUAGUUCGGAAAGACAGAGUUUCCUGGAAACUGCGGUCAUGAAAGAUGUGCAUCGUGAAGCGAGGAAAAGGGACAAACUCCCGUCGAGCGAGUGAGUGAAUGCGUGAGUCACGGGAGGAUAGAGAGGACGAAACGUAGCAACCACAUCUCGUGAGGCCGUGCUCGUGCUCGACACGUUGACUUACGCAGAUCACCAAGCUCAUCCGAGCUCGACAUGAGUUGGUUGGUUGGUUGAUGAUUCCGACCCUCGAAAACACUCAUGGAUGACAACUGAAACUCCCAUCGAGCACCCUUUUCGGCAGCACUCGUGAGCGAGCGAGCGAGCGAGCGAACGAGCCUUUGCGUUCGAUCGAGAGCGAGAGAAAGCUCGAGCUGGUUCCGACUUUGCAUGAGAAUCAAAAGCGAGCUCACAAAAGCCCUAACGGAGGAAUGCGGAACGAGGAGGGCGAGAAAUGUGUGGACACCUUACUCCUUUCCUUCCUACAAAUUGGGCAUCUCUCUUUUAACGGGAUGAUGACCUUCCCCUCCCCGCGCCUACCAACGUCUACCAACGAGCCCCGGUCGGCCGGUCGUCCCUGCGGGAUGCCUGCCUGCUGCGGUGCGCACAUGGUGGAACCCUAACAAUUCAAUUCACAGUUAAGCGAAGCGAGCAACGAUUUGUAUGUGCAAUGCGUCGCGCAUGGGAUCGGUCCCAUGGAGUUCGUAACUGCUUCGAGGCUUGCCGUUUAAGCCAGAGACACAGACAGGGAGAGAGAGAGAGCGAGAGGGGAAGCCAUUAUCGCUGAGCUCGUAACGGUGGAAGAAAGGUAAGGCUGGGGAGGGGGAGUGUCACGCAGCGAGCCGCGAGCUUCGGCCGGCCGAAUCGAGCGACUGAACCUAAAGAAGAGCGGCAGUUGGGAGGGAGCUCGCUUUCGUGCUUGCUUGCUUGCUUGCUACCACCUUCUUGCACACUCGCGAGUCAGUGAGGCAUGAUUGUUGCCAAGGAAAGGGGGGAUCUUCGACUUUCGACUUUUCCUGCGAAAUUCGCUUCUUUUGUUAGAUAAAGAGAUCAAAAGGGCGUGUAUGAUUUGCCCGAUUCGGGAGGAAGGAAUAUCACUGAGGACGCGAUCAUCAAGACGAAAUCAUGACUCGUUGCUCCUCAUUUGCCCCAAUUUUACACCAUCUGCCAUUGUACCGAAACUCGUGAUGGCGGUUACAUUCUGCAAUUCGUUCUUCUCAUCGAGACCUCCCUUCUUUGGCGGUUUCUCGUAAAAAUGAAUUCGAGGCUCGUUCACUUUUGGGAUAUAAUAUGUUAGAACAGGGUCGACAUAUCGACCUGAAGGCGAAAUUCGUGCGCAUCCGUCCGUCGAUACAAUAUAUUUUGCAGCCUCUGGUGUCCACUUCUCCACGGUGAAGGACAAUCAGGUUGCAAGAGAAAUACCGCUAUCGAGGGAGGGCGUGAAUGACAAUGAGUCGGACGAGAGAACAGCGAUAGAGUGGAAGGCUGGCUCCAAUCAAAGGUCUGUUACUGACAGGAACAUUCCAUCGGCAAUUAUGUCUGCCUUCCUGACCCAAGAGUCAGUGAACGAGGCAGCAGAGGAAGACACGGUCAAGGGAGCAGGAAGAGGCAGGGCGCUCGGAUUGAAAAUAACGACCACCACAGUUGGGCAUUCCAAGUAUGAGAGGGUGGGGGUGGGCACCCACAUCGUUGUUGCUGCUGCUGCUGCUGGCAGCAAUGCUGCUCAGCUCCGACGUUGCUGUUGGAGAUCCCGCCAACCUGGUGCUCAAUGGCGACUUCGAGAUCGAGUUUUUCAACUGGGGUCUGUUUCCUCAGAUGGACGUUUUGGUCGACGGCACGAUGAACAUGGUCCCGUUCUUCUCCGUGGUGUCGGGAGGAGUUCAGAUCGUCAAUGGAUUGGAGUACAUAGCGCCUGCAUGGGAGCCCGGGAAUUUCAUGAUGCACCUUAAUUGCUGGUUGGGUCCAGGAGUGAUCAAAACAACGCCUCUGGCCACACCUCGAUGGGGUGCUACGUACAAUUUGACGUUCGACAUCGCGGACAAUCCCGACGGUGGUCCUCUGACCAAAUCCGUGGCUGUCCGGAUCCUGGUGAACGACCAGAAAUCAGGAGACCCCAUUCCGUGGUUCAAUGUGAGCAAUCCGGAAGCGCAAAGAUCGUCCAUCAUCUGGGAGAAGGUGUCGUUCGUCUUCGUGGGCACCGGCGAGAGCACGACCAUCGUCUUCGAGAGCCUGACGCCGGGCUCCUUCGGGUGUCUGAUCGACAACAUCAACGUGCGGCUGGUCAAUCUGCUGGACAACGGCAGCUUCGAUCGCCUGCAGCCGCCGGGCCUGGUGCGCUCCGACAUCACCUUCUACAACGUGGUGAAGGCGCCCAGCUCCAUCAUCACCAAUUGGGCUGUCACGGCCGGAGCCAUCAAGUGGUCGGGCAACGAGCGAUGGCAGAGCUCGACCGACGAGAGCUUCUACCUCCUGGACAUGAACGCCGACGGCCUCAGCGGCACCAUCGUCUCGGGCAAGGUCACUUUGCUCGUCGGUCAAACGUACACCAUUCUCUACGACUCGGCCGCGAACCCGGACUCCACUCUGCCGGUCAAGGGCGUGCUGCUGCUCGACGUGUCGGGGGUGGAAUCCGGUGACUCGGUGGCCUCCAAGUCCAUCAACAUCGAUGGCACUGGCUUCUCGCAAUUCAGCAUCGGCUGGAGAACUGAGAAGCUGGAAUUCGUGGCCAGAGAGACGCAGGUGUAUCUUACCUUCUCCAGCAAAAUUCAAGGGGACCUCGGGCCCUUGCUGGACAACGUGAACAUAUACCGGCAAGCCAAGGUGGGUGCGUAUUCUCAGCGAGGAGUGUACUCUGUGCUCGCAAGCAGGGCAGUGGUAGGGGCCGCGAGGCAUCCUUGCACCGCCAUUUGGCUGUCUAUCUGUGUAGUUAUUGUAGCGCUUUGGACUUGAGUAUUGUCCUCCGCGUUGAGACUGCGUAGGAGUCCGCCACGGAGUUGAUUUUUGCCAUGCACUGGAGUGCUCAUUGAAGCUUAGAUCCGAUUGACGUAGCAGGGUGCAGUCAUAGCGCCGUCUACCAGACACCUCGUAAAGCAUGCGCAUUCUGGAGUGAGUGAGAAACAUCGUUCAAAAAAUCGAGGAUUUCAGUAAUUGAUGACCGGUCAUGGAAAUCAGUCGAAACCGGAAAGGGCAUGCACGGCGUUGUAACGAGUGAAGAUGACAUCCCAAAAUCUCUGCGUUAUGGUAGGCUUGAGAUCCCGUAUAAAUGUACCUCCGAUUGAGAUGAAACCGAGACCUCAAAACAUACCGGAACCAGAAGGUUGCCCGACUUCCGACAGAACACAAUACAAACGAUUGUACAAAUCGACCUGCUACACUUCUCAGCUUGGUGAAUAUGCGAUUUGAAGUGCAACGGCCUUCAAAGCCCUCAUAUUUGUUGGUGCACGUACGUGCAAAAUUUGGUCGUGGAAUUCUGUUUCCUCUACUCUGCUAUGUGUACGACAUGCCAUAUAUCUCAAACACUACUCUUUCGAAAUUGGUGUGCCAGACCAGGUUCAGAACAAGUAUAUACAGGCCACGUACAAUCCAUCAAUUCGUUCAUGACUUCUGCCUGAACUUUACUCUAUUUCGGGCACUUAUAAACCCGGGCUAUUACCGGUCAUUGUUCUAUCAGCCAUAUUAAUGGUGUGCUAGAGGCUAUCAUGAUUGCAAGAGUUUAGGAUAGAGACCGACGCAGCAUACUGACAGUCAUAUAUCCUUGGUAUAUUACUACGAGAGAAUAAUGCGCACACAGACAAAGAAAGAGAGCGCGUCUCCUACCUGUCAUAUCCUUGCGACCUUAUACCCCCGAUCCUACACAUGAACAAGAGAAAUCUGCAAGCACCUGGAAUUAAAUGCUAGAGAGGAAAUUGCUACCGAAAGCAGUGGCUAUGAGAUAAGAGGGUGACGAACCUUUUCACUAUGGAUGCGGAGCGAGAUUACAAUUCCAAAAUUCUCAAGUAGGGGGUGACAGGUGGAGAGGAACAAUUUCUACUCUGCGAUAUGAUAGUUUAAUCUUGCU